GAGGCUGUGAUGGGUUGACAGGUGCGUGACAGUCGGAGCUCUCUGCAGGCAUGUACGGCAAAGGCAAGAGCAACAGCAGCGUCCCGUCCGACAGCCAGGCCAGGGAGAAGUUAGCGCUGUACGUAUAUGAAUAUCUGCUCCAUGUAGGAGCACAGAAAUCUGCCCAGACGUUUUUAUCAGAGAUACGAUGGGAAAAAAACAUCACGUUGGGGGAACCCCCCGGGUUCUUGCACUCUUGGUGGUGUGUAUUUUGGGAUCUAUACUGUGCAGCUCCAGAAAGACGAGAGACAUGUGAACAUUCAAGUGAAGCUAAAGCCUUUCAUGAUUAUAGUGCUGCAGCAGCUCCCAGUCCAGUGCUAGGAAACAUUCCCCCAGGAGAUGGCAUGCCAGUAGGUCCUGUACCACCGGGUUUUUUUCAGCCUUUUAUGUCCCCUCGAUACCCUGGAGGUCCAAGGCCACCUUUAAGAAUACCCAAUCAGGCACUUGGUGGUGUCCCAGGAAGUCAGCCAUUAUUGCCUAGUGGGAUGGACCCAACACGGCAACAAGGACAUCCAAACAUGGCUGGGCCAAUGCAGAGAAUGACUCCUCCAAGAGGAAUGGUUCCCUUAGGACCACAGAACUAUGGAGGUGCAAUGAGACCCCCACUGAAUGCUUUAGGUGGCCCUGGGAUGCCUGGAAUGAACAUGGGUCCAGGAGGUGGUAGACCUUGGCCAAACCCAACAAAUGCCAAUUCUAUACCAUAUUCUUCAGCAUCUCCUGGGAAUUACGUAGGUCCUCCAGGGGGUGGAGGGCCUCCAGGAACACCCAUCAUGCCUAGUCCAGCAGAUUCAACCAACUCUGGAGACAACAUGUACACUUUAAUGAAUGCAGUACCACCUGGACCUAACAGACCUAACUUUCCUUUGGGCCCAGGGUCAGAUGGCCCUAUGAGUGGUUUGGGUGGAAUGGAUUCACAUCAUAUGAAUGGCUCUUUAGGCUCAGGAGACAUGGACAGUAUUUCCAAAAACUCUCCCAGUAAUAUGAGCAUGAGUAAUCAGCCUGGCACUCCCCGGGAUGACGGUGAAAUGGGUGGAAACUUUCUAAACCCUUUUCAGAGUGAGAGCUACUCCCCUAGCAUGACAAUGAGUGUGUGAUCCAUUACCAAGUCUCCUCAUGAAGACCGCAGUGAGUUGGCCCUCUUCAGAGAGCUACUACAGAAGAAAAUUACUCGUCCCAGUGUACAGUUUAACAAAAGGAUCUCAGACACAAUCAGACCCACCAUUUUUCCUACCAUCUCCCCAGUUUUGUCAAGAAAGUGGGUCCAAAAAUGAUUCCAACAACUGUAAAGAGUGGCAUAAGAGAACUGCCCAAGACUGAACUGCAAACAAUUUUCUGUGUAUGUACAUGUACGGGUAGAUGUAUAUAUGUGUGCCUGUGUGCUUGUGUGUGCACUAUAUAGACAUACACACACACACAUACAUAUAUAGACCCGCAGGACAUUGUAAAAUAUUAUCACAUGACAUCUUAAGUAGAAAUAAGAAGUAGGGACUUUUAUUCCAUCUUUUUUUCACGUUUACAUUUUAACUAUUAAAAUUUGCUUUCCCUCUCCCCUCCUGAACUGUUUUGUGCUGCAUAUAUCACUGCUUUAUAAGUUAUUUUUUAAGGUGAACUCAAAUGAUAAAUUGUCUGAUUUUGUAAAUGUCUGCCAUUAUGGAUAGGAAUAAAAUUGCUUAUAAGAGGGCUUUCAUUAACUUGUGUUUGAUACCAGUUAUCCUGUGAAUCACAUUCUGUGCUGUCUCAAGAAAUAGAAGAAAGCUCAUUUUAAUUUUUUGGAGAAAUUUAAUAAUUUUUCAUCAAGCCUUGGUGACAUUUUUUAUACUUUGCCUUUAAAAAAAGAAGCACUGAUGGUUAUUUUCUUCCUUAAUUGAAGCCUAAUUAUCUGCAAUAUCUAUUUUAAAUGGAAGCCUGAAUUUGAUACAAGCUUCUUGGUUUAUACAGAGUACUUUAAGGUUGCUGUAAGUGAGUUCCAGUUGCUAUAGAAUCUAGCAAUAAAGUGUCAGGGCUGCUUCUGCCCUUGGAAAUGAGUUUUCUACUUAGCAUGAUCUUCCGUAGGGGUGGUAGUUAGUAGAAAUACAGUAGAAUUCUUACUACUGAAACCUCCUUUUCUAACAAACUGCUGGCGUCCCUCCCUUUUCUACUGAUUCUUAGCUGAUUCCCAAUUAUCCAUAGUCCUGAUUGUCUUAACAUACUUAGUGUCUCCCAAGCCAUUCAGAUAAUCAGGACUCCACCGUACAUGAAUGUGUUACUUUUCACUAGAAAUACUGGAACAGAACUUCUCAAAAUCUUUCUGUAUGUGUAAUCAUAUAGGUAAACCAAAAUACCUGAGCAUUUCAUGGUUAUGACCCAUGCUGAGAGCAUUGGAAGGCUCAAGCCUUUCUGCCAGAUAUAGGAUGUCAACAGAGGUCUGAACCCAUUCUGUAAGGAGUUCAGUAUACUGUAUUUCAAAGCUGUGGAGAUAGUGGAAAAAAGGAGAAUGGUGACACAGCUUCCUUAACAUUAAAAAAAAAAAAAAAGCCUUUUGAAGGAGACUCCCUUAAAGUGAAGCUCUAACUUCUGAGGACCUGAGGUUAUGUUAAAUUUAGUGCCCUAUGACUCCCACCUUUCCCAAGAAAAUGAAAGAUUGCAGCUGUACAUAUGGUGUUAGGAAGGCUGAUGUUCAGGAUCUCAGGCACAAAGUGGCUGAAUUAAACUCACUCUGCAGGUUUAGAACAAAGUUCUCAUCUUUGCAUGUGGAAGGUCCAGAUACAUAGGGAGAGAAGAGCAUCAAGUACAGUGCUCAUAGGAAGAUUUAUAAGGAGAAUUUUUGCCCUUAAAUUUUAAUGAAGGGUUGCAUGUAAUGGGCUCAGUGGGCUAGCAAAUCCCUGCAUGUAUAUAUAAAUAAAGAUAUAAUGUUUUUACUCCAUUGCUGGCAUUAUACAAACACAAAACUCUUCUUAGAUACCAGGUACCUUGAAAUGUUGUUAACAUUUUAAAGAUUUUAAGAGAAAGUAAUUUUUAGUUACAAAUAAUUUUUAAGAUGACUUUAAAUUAGGUGAAAGCAUUCAUACGUUAUCACUGACUUUCUUCCCAAUAAUUAUUAUUUAUUUUUUGAAAACAGGUCAAUUUUUAUUCUUUUGAAGGAUCCCAGCAGCACUAUGAUCAAUUUUACUUACACAAAAUGCAAAAUGAGACCUUAAUCCUGCAAACACUUACACAUGUAUUUAACCUUAUUACUGUGAGGAGUGGCAGGGAUUUCAGUGGGGCAAAGUAAAGUGGGGUUGUGGCCUUAAUAUUUACCACAUAAAUGACAGAACUUUUUAUGAGUUUUACAUUAUCAGCAACAGUUUAGUUUAUAGUAGGGAAUACACCUGAGCAUUAAAUAAAAUUGUGCAAUGUAGAGUACAGAAUAGAAGUGCAUCCUUUAUUCAGUUUCCAGUGCUGUGUUUUUAAAUGUAAAAUCUUUGUCAAAAUAUUUUCUCAUAAUUUCACUCCAAUAGCAUGAGAUGCUUCCAGAUACAUAGUGAUUCUUUAUCACCCUCCCUCCCCUGCCAUGUCCCACUUGCAGCAUGUCAUCAACUUUGCAUAACAGGAUAGAUCCUACACGAUUCAAGUCAUUCAAGUAAAAAAUGGCAAAGAGGGCAGGAUCAGCCCCUGCAUCACUUCAGGUAGAAUUACAGGGCAGGAUCUUGCAGUGUGUUAAACAUGUAAAAUAACAUUUUGCACUCAGGUAGCCAGCCUAAUACAUUUUGAUGGGACCCAACAUACGUGUGAGCUGUGUGAGGAGCCGGGCUCAGCUGGAGACAGCAGCAGUGGCAGCAAAACCAAUUCCGCCUCCUUGCACCUGCUUCCAGGCUAGCAGGGAGUACCCAGGGCAAUCAGGCAAGGAGGAAAAACUUGCUUGCUGCACUGCUGCCACAGCAACAGACAAGGAAACAGGGAAUGGGAGGGGAGGGGAGAUGCUGCUGAGCAUAGAGGGGAAGAGAAAAGGUUCUGAGAGUGGGGAAGGGAUUCUUACCUGCAUUGGGAGGGUUAUAAAGUCUUUGGCUGCUGUUUCCACAGCGUGGUCUGCCUGUCCCACUGUGAGGUGGGGGGAAGCUGGGAGUGGCAGUACAGCUACCCCUGCAGCACAGAUUGCUGCUCCCACACCCACCUUUACACCCACCUGGAUCCACCCAUGCUUACAUCUCUGCAAGAUCAGGGCUGUAGCUAUAUUUCAUUAUCCAACCCAUCUCUUGAGUUCUAAUGGCACAUUUCAUCACACAUAACUAAUAAUGAUCACCACUACUCUCCCCUUGCUUUCAUAGGGACUGAACUUGCAGGUGAUCCGUUAUUAUACAUGUGAAUAAAGUUAUGCAUAUGCAUGUGGGAAAAACAAUAUUUAUUUGCAAUAAAAACACACAGGAUAUUAUUUAUGUGUGCUAAAUAUGCAAUUAAUACAAGGACAACUUUAGCUUUGAAAGUACUGUAGGGUUGGUUAUUUGUUUGUUUGCUUGUUUUCUUGCAUACUUUCCUUGCUUACAAAGUCCUUGUAGGAGUUUGCAAUACUAAGAAAAAAUGAACAUGGCAAGAAAAAUUACUUGAGAACUAACUUUUUUUCUUCCUACCUGUGUUUCUAAUGCACUGGAAGUCUACAUGCAGUGUAGCUGCUUUUGGUUUCUAUGCUUAUGCCUCAGCAUUGCUGAUAAGAGCAGACAGAACUUGUCCAGUACUAGGAGUAAUGAGAACUCAACUGGAGCCAGGGAAUUUUAACAGUGCAUUUUAAGAGUUUUCUUUUUAUAUGUGUGAUGAAUAGGACAUAUUUUUCUUACCAUUUUUUUUUCAAUUAAAUAUUUUAAAAUAGAAGAGGUGGAAUCUCAUAUGGAAUAGAAGAAUCAGGGAGUAAUGGAUUUUCUUCCUCUAUAGAAAUUCCAGGAAAAAUCCUGGCCCUCUAGAAGUCACUUGGAGUUUUGUCAUUGACUUCAGUAGUGCCAAAACUUCACUUUCUUUGUGAAUAUGUGAAAAGUAACUUUCACAUCUGUAUCUUAUUUUCACAUGUAGAUUUUGUGUAAACAAUAUUGCCCCUUUUGUGCUUAUUAAAAAAGGAGGAAGAAAGGUAGCUGCUUGAAUCACAAGUAUAUUAUGUAGCCUGAAAUGUACAAUUUAAAGUAUCUUAAUAUUUUUAUAUAGAAGUAAGGCAUUUACAUUAUUUUACUAGUAAUUUCUGAUUAUGAGGAAGAACUGAGAUUAAUUUAGAGCUCAUGAAAAAUGCUGCUCUAAUAGCCCUUGGGACCCAUUUUUUUUAGUUCCACACACCCCAGUAAUGUGCUUCACCCUGGAUCUGGAAGGACUUCUGCUUAAAAGUGAGAAAAUAGUUCAGUCUCCUUUAAGUUGUUAGUCACUGUUGGCUGCAUGCCAUAGUUACCAAUUUUCAUUUUAAAACUUGCUCAGCUCAUUAUACAGAGAAACACAGUGACCAACUUUCAAUUAUACCCAACCUCUGCUGUGGCCCAGAAGGGCACCAUAUCCCAUUGCCAGUUGCCAGCCCCCUGAGACAUCCACUAACACUCUACCCUCCCACACAUGCAAACACACACUUUUGCGGUUUAAAGCAAAAUACUGUAGGAUCAUUAUUUAGAAUAAUUCAAGUUAGGCAGAAGUGAAAGGAGGCCUCUUCUGCAUGGAUAGCAACCUGGAAUCUCUUUAUCAGAAGGAUAACAGCCUCAUUAAGUGGCUAAAACACAUUUGAAUUUUCCCCUGUCUCAUGAUUAGCAAAUGAAAUACUGUACGUAAGGAGGACUUGAAAUUAGAUGGGUAAUUUAAUGAGGGACCAGCUGUUACAAUAUUCAGAGUUGCACAUUUUAUUCUUUUUUCUCUCUACUUGAUUAAAUGAAUUUUCAACUAUUGCACUGAUUUCUAUGUCCUUGACCAGUAAAUAAUUUUUAAGCAUUACAGUCCAUUCCUCCAAUUCCUAGACAUCCUUCAUAUUUGCUGUUGUUGCUGUUAAAGGUGUUGGCUAAACUGUGCAAGAUUUGUCCCUAUGCAUUUGAAGUGGAGAGUACCACAAAUGUAAAAAUUAAUACAUCGAGAAAUUGUCAGUGUAGGUAACUAUAUCUUCCUUUAAAUCAUUCCAAGUAAUAAUACUUAUAAGACCAGCUCCCAUUUCAAAUCAGUCUGGAUUUGUGUGGAGAGUUUUAAAGAUGAAAUUCUUGCUGAAGUACAUAUAUUCCAAAUAAAAAAUCAUUUACUCCCUUUUCUAGAGUGACAAUUAGUUUCUCUUCAAGCUGAUGUUUGCAACAAUUAAAAUAGCAAAUUAUCAUACCAAGGAUCUAACUCAGUAUUUCAUGGUAUAAAAGAAGAUAUAAAAAAUUCCAUUCAGUCCUCAAAUUUAAGCUACUUCUAAAUAGUGUGUGAAGCUUCCUCUUCUCCCCAUCCCCAACAAUAUUGGCCUGGGCUUGCAGGCCCCUGCUCAUGAAAGUUGUCUCACUGACACAAUAAUAGUCUCACAUAACUCAUAUAAUUAUGUAACUCAUAUAUCUUACAUAAAUGUGAGAGCUAAAGGUUUGCUGGAUUGCACCCCGAACUGCACCUCCAAUGUUUAUUUAACAUAUGAUCUUAUUCAGCAGGUGCCUACCCUUGAUGUGUACACAGCAGAUUGAAAGGGCAUGUUACAGUCAACCAAAUGAUGUUUCAAGCUGAAAGAAAAAGGGAGAAUCGGAUGAGCUCUUCAUAUCCACCAAGCAUUGCUUGAGUGCAUGCAUUCAUUCAUUUUCGGUUUCAUAAUCUUGAUAUCUUAAGUGACAGUAAUAAAUUUAGAAUUCACUGAAGGACCAUCCACUCAGAGACUUGUUAAAAACCCUGAUCCUACGAACACUUGCACAACUUUUUUUUAUUUAAGGCGUGCGAGUGCUUAAUUUAAGCACCUGAACAGUCUAAUUGAAGACAAUGGGACUACUCAAAUGCAUGUGUAUGUAUUUGCAAGAGCCUGAAAUAUUAAUUAUUGAGUCUUCUCUGAAAUUUUAGCAAUCCCCAGGUGUACUUAUGCAUUAACAUCGUUGAUGUCUGGAAUAGGAGUUUGCUUUCUUCUGUUUCUUAAUUUAUUAGACAACUAUCCAGUGCUACCUAAAACAUUUCUGUGAACUUGCCCUCUCAUUUUGUUUCAAAUUGUUUAUUCACCUCUAUUAAAACAACUAAAAGCCUUGCACUAUAUAUCCAAACUCAUAUUUGGUCACUGUUCAUAAUUUAAGUUUAAAAUAUGUAAGGAAGCCUCUCAUGAAAAGGAAAAACUUUCCAUAAAAAUGUAUAAAGGUGUUUGCCCUUUCCUGGGUACAUGUUUUUACAUUUAAUAAAAAUACAGUUUUCAUUUGUAACCUGAAACUUUCAGUUUUUGGCCACUAAUUUAUGUGUGCAAAAGAGGUUGAGAAAACAAAUUUCAUUGUUUCAUUUGGAUUCAGCAUAAGAAAUACUUGCUGGAUGAGAAACCAGCUCAAAACAAGAUUUACUCCAUUGUCAUUAUGAAUAAGGAAGUUGGAUUUUAUGCUAAACAGUACCUAACCUUCAAAAAUAAGAUUCCUGUUAUCAAACUUAUAGGAAGUUAUAAGGGCUCUAUACACAAAUAUAUGAAUUUCAUAUGCAUACUCUAUUUAUUUUAUAAUUAUGUACAAUAGAUGGCCUGGUGCAGCCAGUUAGCUCUGUAAGUUUGUGUCUUUAAAGCAAGCAAAACUGAAAGAUACAAAUUGGACACCCUGGCAUGUUCACAGAACUUGGUAAGUAGUGGAAGAGGUAUCCACUGAACUCCAGGUAUUCUCAUGCUACCUUAUUCUCUUAUAUUUAUCAUUACUCACUGUAAGGUUACAUGGAUCUGGGAGCUUCCUCCAGAUUUUUGUAUGCGCAAAAGAGAAUGUUCAGUUCCAUUUUAGUAGCACCAAAAUUGUAGCGGCAGUAGCCUGAGGAACAUCAGGAGAAAACAUGGGUGAUUUGAACAAGUUUUGCACUUUUUCAGUAAAUGGAACAUAAGAGAACUGAAAAUAAAUGAAAAGUUGGAUUUAAUUUUUUGGGCCACACACCAAUAAUUACGCUGCCCCAGCACAGAAGGAUAUGCUAAGUUACUUUUCUGUCAAAACAGUGUUUGCACCAAAUAUGAUAAAAUGAUUAGCCCUACAAAUUGGAUCUUCCUGGUGGCUAAUCUUGUUCCUUUUUUUUCUCCUCUCAUUAAGCUUACACUUUCCAACUAUUUACAGCAGGCCAGCUGCAAACUGUGUUGCAAGAACAAUUUACACAAAAUCCAUGCAAAAUGUUGUUUGCAUUUGUGAAUAGAGCCCUAACUGUAAAUAAAUUAUUUCAUCUGUCAGAAAUGUCGCAUUAAACUUUUUUUGUGUGUGUAAGAACCAUCGUGUCAUUUAAGGGCAAGAUCCUGGAAGCUGCUCAUAGUCCUCAGCUCUGCAGAUCAGGGCAAUUAGCAUCUCACAGGAUUGGGUUCCAGAUCAGACAAGAGACUAUUUUUCUAUUUUUGUAAAUGGCCUGAAAUAAAAAUUGCAGUUUGCCAUACAAACUGGGGAGGAAAGCAAUUCUAAACAAUAGGCAUUCAAUUGAAAUAUAAUUAUAGAAUGCUUUUUAUGAAAAUUGUCCUCAUAAUGCACAUGAUUCAAGAAGUGCACAUUAUCAGUCAUAAGCUACUUAACAGACAUCAACAGUGCUGAUGGACAAAAUUCUGUAAAUGGCUACUUCUUUAAUACAGAGAUACAAGCUAAAUUGCUUACAGAUCCCAGUGGGACACUACUAAUGUAAAUCAGAGGUCCCUCUCUUGAUCAAGAUACAGCAUUGCUUAUUGGGACCUGUAAUCUCCACAGGCCCCACCUCUUUUAUAAAUGAAGGAUGGACAAGUUUGAGUACCCUUCCCUCCAGAAAACUAGUCUAAUAGGGAGAAUGCAUACAUAUUUAUAAUGUUAUAAUGUUUACAGGAAACUAAAAGUGAUAUUUUUUGAAAUUUGACUUUUAAACAAUAUUGCUAAGAAACUUCAAAUUUAAAAGUACUAGUAAAGUAAUUCCCAUUUCUCAAGAACUCGCAGAGGUUUUUUUGGUUUACCACGUUUUAGAUGUUUCUUUAAAAAAAAUUAUUUCGUAGGCAAAAUCUGAAGUAUAACAUUAAGCAACAAUUUAAAAGUGGAAGUCAGAGCUUUGGGGCAUGGGAGAGUUGCAAUUUCUAAAAAAAUUCUCAUAAGAUUUUUGUUUCAGGACAGAAAGGAGAAUCCUUGCAAGAAACUUCAAUACACUCCUAGUGGCAAUUAAAGAAAUGAAAAUCACAGUGCUUGAAAUGUGCAAAGACCAGCUUUGAUUUGUCUCCUUUUUGUGGCAAGUAUCUCCUUGCAAAAAAAAAACCCAUUGUGAUGUGUCUACUUUGUGCAGGUCUGUCUUUUUUAAAAAAAGAAAAACUUUAUACAGAUUGCCCUUUCAAGCAUCUGGCAACAUCUGCUUCUGAUGUGGGGAAAGAGAACUUGAUGCCUAGUGCAUAAGGUCUAUUCAAUUUACUUAGUGUAAUAAACUAUUAUCAGCUUACAUUGCACAAGACACUCUGGGUAGGAAAUGCAUUUUUUAAUGUUGGCAUUUGAACAUCAGUAAUCGUGCAUAUUCUGUAAAUUAUUGUAGGUUUUGUGUAAGAAACCUUGUCACCAUUGCUUAAUACUGUAAACUGUUUUAAAGCAAGAGGUGGCUUUUGAUUGUACGGCCAUGUGUAUUAUAUAGUACAGUAGUACUUGUCCUGUCAUCAAAACUUGCUGUUCACAUACGGUUAAAGACUUGUUAAGCACGCUCAUUGGUUUCAGAAUGUAGUGCACACCAUGCAUGUAUCAGCUAUUAACAGGAACAUGAAAUCAAAUGUAAUACAGAAAAAUUCACCAUGGUUGGUGUCUUUUAGAGUGUGAAGUUAGACUUGAGCAAGCAAAGGCUAGCUGCAGUUUUAACAGGUUUUCAUGCGGGAUAUGCAUCUGUGUGCACUGUCUAGUUUAGGAGAAACAUGCCCCCUCCCCCAUAACACAAAGACUGAGUACAGUCAGACUGUGUGAAGGAACUACUUGAGGAUGAAAUGUCCUUCACCACUGCUUGCCCACCUAAGGCAGGCUACAGGACUGCAAUACCGUACCUCAUACCCAUUGUUCUAGCCUGCAAGAUUUCUUGCCAUAUGGAAAGAAUGCCAUAUGGAGCUGGUGUUUUCUCCUGCAUGCUCUGUACAUAUCCCCUGCACCAGAGCAGGGCUUCUAUCCCUCAUCUAUGAAGAGAAUAUCGACUUAAAUAAGACUUAUUCAGGUGGAUUUGAAGCAAACAAACAACCUCCUUGACCUGCCUCCCCCCCCCCCCGAACCCACCCAAGCUUUCCCCUUAUUUUUGCUACUUUACAGAGUAUAAUCAAGACCUGAAAUGGUGAAAGUUUGUACUCGUGCUUGGAAAUUAAAUCCUGUCGAGGGAGGAAUACUUUAUGACUGGAGAACUAGUAAAAAAGCUGAUGGCAUGAGCCAAGAAAACUGAGCCAUUAAGAGGAAAAGGGAUUGUUACUCAGAUCAUUUAAAACUCUGUUUUUAUUUGUGUUAAUUAACAGCUAUUUAACUUAAAUGACUAAUUAGCAUUUUGAGUAAAAGGAGCUUUUGUUAAAUAUGUUGCACCUUCAUCUUUCAUUUAAGAUGUUAGGAGCUCAGAAUAAACAUCCUUUAUAUCUCCUACUGGCUCUCCAGAUGAAACCAAGGAUAAAGUCCUGAUAUUUCUAAGGUUAAAAAAAAAAAACCUUUAAUAAAAUCCUUUCAGACAUUCUUCCUCCCCCAUAAUCAGGGCAAAAAGAGUACAAGCCCAAUUUUUCAAAACAAAAAAAAAAUCCUUGCAGUUCCCAUUAAACAAUUAGGGGCAUCACUGAGAGAGAAUGGCUUCCCAAAAUUGAGAGUGAACACAAUAUUUAAACCUAAUUUUAAAAAGAAAGUAAAAUCCUAGUAUAAUGUUCAAAAUAAGCAGGAAUGUAAUUUGAGAAAAUAAUGAAGAAAAUUCAGAAAGCACAAUCCUAAUUCCAAACAACUCUGAACAAAUACGUUCAAGUGAAUAUAAAAUCAAAAUUGCUAACAUCUGGGCUCUCCAUAAAUUUGCUGUCCCUAGACAAUCUACCCCAGUUCUCAGUACUUGUUCGAGUAGGUGAUUGCUGCUACAAAGAAUCAAUUUCACACUAACUCAGUUGAAAAACUCGAAAGUCCAAAACUUUCAGACACAAGUCUUAUAAAUAUCAUGCAGACUAGAGAACCUUGUUUUAGAAUAGAAAAUUGUUGUGGUGCAAAUCUCUCCCGACCUCAUUUGUGGUUGUCUUUUAAAAGCAGCUUCUUAAAUCAUUUCUGGAGGCCACCUGUGUUGACCAAAGAACAACAAGCUGUCUGACAUUGAUUGCUUCACUCCUCUAAGCGAUUUAGUCAUUUACUUUCCUACCUGCAACUCUGCAAAAGGGUUGUUUCCAGAAUACAUCUAUGUUUGAAUCUGGGCAGAAUGCUUUAGAAAACACAUCUUCUGUGUAAGAGUUCUCCUCCCUUAAAACUUGUUUGUGAAAUGUUCCUCAGCUCUUUACCAGCUACUUCAAGCGCUGAGAGUUUUGGUAUUAUCUCAGAAAGCUGCAACCUUAUUAUGACUGUGAUGAUGCAUUUAUAUAUUGAGAAAGACCUGUCAUCAGUUGUCUAAGAAAGCCCAGAACAUAGCAUAAACACUGUGAAUCCCUCAUAUGGAGGGAAGCCUCCCUAUGGAGAGGUCAAUGAGGGGACAUUUUCAUGACUUCGGUAAAGCCAAGUUUUACCCUCUGGAAAAAUUGUGGCAAGUUAGAAAAGGGGCAGAGAUGUGGCCAACAGGUCUAUGAACUGUAUGGGUCAACUGACCACAAUGCACAUCUGGGGAGACAUCCAUGAGCAGCAAGGCUGCUCUGACACACUAAUUCCAGCAUGUCGGAGCAGACUCUAUUAAUUGAAUCUGCUGGAGUGUGGUAAUUACCGUGCUCCAGCAGCCUCCAGCGUUUCACGUAUCAGCAUUCACACACUUCAAAAUGGUGGCAUGCGUGCUUUAUCUAAAGCUCGUUCUACGAACCUUAGAUAAAACGCCCCUGCUGCCAUUUUGAAGCCUGGGAACACAGGUACACGAGACGCUCCAGGCACUUUACUUGGAGUGGCUCUCAGAGCCACUUUAAUUAAAGCGCCAUCCCCCACCCUCCUGGAGCUUGUGUAGAAACACCGUCAGAGAACAAGGGACGCUAUUAUGCCAGUAGUUUAUAAUAGUAAUCCUGGAUCAAUUCCAUGGGCAUUUCAGAGUAUCCAUCCAGGUUUGGGUUCCUAUACAGACAUACAAAACACAGUUUUGUGGCUUUAUACAAGUGUGGGGGGAAAUUUUACCUCAUAGCAAAACUCUGAGGAGUAGGAAUUUGUGAGAAUAUCAUUUGAUUUUCUAUUAUUUUCAAUCUGGCAUCUAGUAACCUGACUACCAUACUGUUUUAUAUCAUGCUUUCUUAAUAAUUUUUAUUUGAAUAUUUCUGGAAGCCAUUACCCUCUUUUUAAGAAUGCCAAUAUUAGUUUAAGUAUGUAUUUCUAUUAAUGAUCUUUGACUGCCAAAGUUUUAUUCAUCUUAAAUGGCAUAUGGAGGUACCAUUAUGCUAUGUACCAAUAAGCCGAUUAUGUUUGUUGCUGUUUAAGUUCAGACUAAUCUGGUCAUUGUAUCUAAGAAGUUAAUGUGUAUCCUUGUUUUAAAUUAAUUUUUUAUAGUAAGAUGUCCACAUUUCUCAGAAAUAAGUCUUGACAGAAGGGAAAAAAGUGGGCUGUUUCAUUAAAGCGCAGUGGUUUAGCUGCUCAUCACUUAGGAUUUUGAGAACACAAGUAGUAAUGGCAGUUAGUACUUUUCACAGUAUUUCUUAUAUACUUUUUUCUCAUGCAGAUUUGGAGAUGAGGAAGUCCUAGGGUUUUGAUGGGUUAGUUCUACUGGUGGCCAUCACUGCAUGGGCUGACAGACUGUCUUCAGGUCAUAUUCAGUGUUGGACCCUAGAGCCAGCACCAAACCAAAAACCUUGAGAUUUUCCUCUUAUUCUAGUUCCACUGCUAUCUCUCUGUUCUGUCUUUUAACACUAUAAUAAUUAUUGUAGCACAAGCUCCCUCUGUAACAAGUUGAUGAAGAGCAGAGGUUGAAAAGAAGUGAAGCUUAUCAUUCAUACUAUCAGCUUCCUAAUGCACCCAACCUCUCACAGCCAGGGCCUUGAGAUGCAGUCUGCUUCUGAACUUGGCUUAUCACUUCAUCAAGCAGGAGUAGAUUUCAUUUUAUUUCAUAAGUCUAAGAGCAGCUGUAUUGAUAUGUUCACUUUGUUUUCUGAAUUGCAAGCCAUUCUGUAUUGAAAAUGAUUGUGCACAUUGUCUAGCAAUGAAUGAAGAGUUGGAAAUAGCUAUUUAUUAUGUGCUAAUAUACUCCCUGCUUACCAGUUAGAUAUUUCAAGUACUGAACUCCAGCAAAAAAUGCUGUUCAAGAAUCAUCUUAAUUUUAAUAUUACACUCACAUGAGAAUGAGAAUAUUUCUCUUGCUAUUUCUGAAUUUCAGUGAUUUUUGGAGAAAAGAGGAAAUGGCCCAAGUUCGUGAUGGGAAAGGUUACGGUGGUAACAGUUAAUUAACUAAUUUUCAGAUGCAUCAGAGUAGCAGGAUCCAUUCUGUCUAUCAGUUGAUAUACUUCUAGCUGCCUUGGUUAUUCCACAUUCUUCCCUUGUGCUUACUAAAGCAUUUUGACAUUCUAUAGACAUAGAAGAUGACACAGCCAACCUGUCAAGGUGCAUAGAAAUGUAGCAAUUACUAAAUUACAUUAUUUAGCAAUCAUUUAUUUUCCGUGUUAAAUUUUAAACUUACCUGUAUGUAUUUUUAUUAUUAUUAUUUCAGCAUUAUAAGAACUUGAGAAAGUUUGGGCAUAAAAAAGAUCUUCCAUAUGUAGCAAAAAAAGAUUUAUAAUUUACAUUAAAUGUAAGCUUGUACCAUACCUUCUACAUUUCCUGUGCCUUUAAUAUAUGUAUCUUUGAGUCGGCAAACUUCUUCCCCUUUCUUUGAUUAUUCUGUUAUAUCAAAGAUAUGCUGUAUUUAAUAUAGUAACAUCUGACAUAACGAACAUUUGAGGCUCACUGGAUUAGUCAGAGCUAACAUUUCUCAUUUCAGAUGCCAUAUUUUUCUUCACAGGAUCAUAAAGCAAAAAGACAUCAUGCAGGCAUUAGCUUUUCUAUUACCCAUCCAUAUGACUUCUUAUAGAGAAAUUAAAAUUCUGUUUUCUCAACACACACUCCAUUCUGCAUCCCUUGUUCUCACAAAACUCCAGUGACUUAAAACUUAUCACUGACCUGAGUAGGAAUUUUGGGAACACAGUGAAUGCAGGAUCAGCUGUUUAGCAGAAGUGUAGGCUGCUCUGUGUCUUUUCAGCAAUCAUAAAUGUAGCAUUUACUGACUUCUUUCUAGUGAAAACACUGAGCGUGCUUAGCACUUAAACAAGUUUCUGAGACAUGAGUGUCAGACUAUAUAAUUGCAUCUCAUCUAAUUUUGACACUUAACCACUAAUAUUUGAUGAGGCCUGAAUCUCAAUAGUAACUACAUGCUCUGAUUAUGAUAUACCAACUAAGAGCAAAAACUGAAAUCUGAGCAGUCUGCUUUAGCAUUGCAGAUACCUUUAAAAUGUGACUGUGAAAAUAUUUUUAAAAGUAUCUGAUGCUUGGCUUCCUUUACCAACCAAAAUGAUCUACAGCCUUCUGCACUGUGAAAGGCAACCUCUGCUGGCAAAUACAGGUUUUACACCUGCCCAACUUAUUAUCAGAAACUUCAUCCAAGCCAUAGAAGCCAUUCAUUUUAUUUGUGUUUGUGUAAUCAAAGCAAUUAGGGACAGAAACUCCAGGUGUGAAGGAGUAACUCUAUCCACCAUUUGACUCUUUUUUUUUUCUCUCUCAUUUGUGGGAGGUCAGUGUUUUUUGGGUUUGUUUGUUUUUCAUUUUCUUAAGUUAUAGCUGUAUCUUUUUAACACAGAACAGUCUAAGAACUGUUAGACUGGGCUGAUGGAACAUAGCAUUAGAAAGUGGAAGAUUCACUUUGGUAAAAAGGUGUAACACAUGCCAGUAGGGAAAUGCAUACGUCCAAAUAGUUUUGAUACCAAGACUACAAACCAAGAUGGUAAGAGUUAUGUAAAGAUUUGACAACAGAAUCUAUCCUCCAGUGUUUGGGUUUUUAAACUUUUGUCAUUUAUAUUUUAUUUUGGGAGAGAGGAGCUUGGGGAAUGUCAGACCACAUGAGAAAUUUUAGAAAUAUAUCACUCAGCAAUCAUUUUAUAAAGUUUAACUUCAAAAUGCACUAUGAUUUAUUAUAAAAAAUAUAUUUUCUUCUGCUUGCAGACAUGGUUGUUCCAUUUUGUGAUACGUUAAACUAAGCAGUUAAUUUGGUGCACUGCAUAGCUGCAUGAAUUCAUCACGUGUACAUACAUACCUGUGCAGCAUUAUUUUGGGUUUUGUAUUUGAAUUUGCAGUAUUGAUUAUUUUUGUAUUUACUUUGCCUCUGUUAUUGGAAUUGUAGUAAACAUAAUUUAUACAUAUGAUUUUACAACUGUUUUGCAACUGAGAAGUCUUUAAAUUGUAAAGUUUUAUUGAUGGAAACUCAUUAAAAUGGUAUAAGAAUUAUA